AGUAACCGUAUGUGAACCUUCAAUCUUUGCAUGCCUUACCAACCCCUCAGAAAUGAAACCCAAAAAUCCAAAUGAAAUGAUUUUUUCUUUUGAAAUGGGAAUGUAAUUGAUAAUUUCCAUCGCAAUUGUCACUUUCGUUCAACUUCUGAACCUGAUUAAAAAUGUUGAUGUAUCGUGAGGGUGUGUUGUUGUUAGUCUGUGCAAAUCGACGUCUGAAUGGGUUUUCUGAUUUUGUGAUUGCUUUGGGGUGAGAUUUUUCUGCUUUCUUCCUCCGUUAUUUUUUUAAACAUUUUUUCGGUUAGUAUCUCGUCUGGUUAUUGGUGUUCGCAAGAGUUGAGAUGGUGAGGAAGACCAGAGAUAUCCUGAAAGACGAUCAGGAGCUUGAAAUGUUGCUGGAAGAGAUCCAGCAUCGACAUGGGUAUGGUGGUAGUAAUGAUCACGCGGUUUUUGAAAGCCAGGGCAUUCGUGGAGUUUUUUAUGUGGAUGAUGAUGACCCUUCCUCGCAGAUUAAAUAUCCUCGUGUCUCUUCACCAACAAGCGGGUUCUCUCUGCGAUCAGAAGGUUCUUCCUCGAGCUUAUUCUCCAGUGUGCAUCGUCUAUCUGAUAAUGGAUCACCAACUCCACCUCCUUUGGAUGAGCUUAAAUCCAGUAUGCUUUAUGGAGUUUCAAACUACCCGAACAGCUUCUGCUUGGGUUCGACAGUAUCUGAUUCCCCUUCGGCGAAAAAGGCCAGUGAGACUGAUGAACUAUACCUAUGUGCAAAAUUGACUAAAAUGGGCCUUACCAAUCAAUAUGGAAAUUCUUGUAAUUUGAAAGAUGCAUCAAUAGGCAAGAGCGGUCUUCCAUUCCGUGAUAAUGCUACUCUGGGUGGAAAUAAUCCCAUCAAUGCUUAUAAACAUGGAGAUUACGACAGUUUCAAGAGAGAAUUUCCUGACCCAAUGGGAGUUCAACCCCCUUUUCCUCUUAGUAUUCCGACUUUUGAUGCUGAAAGAAAUCCAGUGUUCACAGGAUUACCUCGGGAUUAUCAAAUGGGUAAUUCAUUUGGAUCACAACCCUGUUCCAGACGACCUGGUACGAUCCAUUCUCAAUUUAAUGGCUUCAGUGGUUCAGGGUACUCUCCUUGGCAAGGACAGCUGAUAAAUAGCUAUCAUUAUGGAGGAAAUUUGGGGAUAGAUCGUACUUCUUCUUUGGGUGGACAUGCAUUGCCUGAUUCUUUACUUUAUGCGCAUCAAAGUGGAAUGAAUUUGAUGGAUGACAGGGGAAUUUCAACGUUGCCUGAUUCUUCCCUUUGUACCAAUUUAAGGCCUCAUUUGAGUGCUCAAAAUUUACUGCAGUGCAAUCUUCCUAUGUCUAAUGCAAGAGCUGUGCCACCUGCAAACGUUAAAAUCCCACAAGGUGGUCUAGAUGCCAUUACUAGUGAGGGAAGCUUCAUCAUACAAGGUGAAGGUUUGAAUUAUUUCCCUGUCAGAGGUUCUGAUCGUUGGAGGAAUAAGUGUAAGGGUGCUGGGCACGAAACUAGCUUUGCUAAGCAUCUACAAAGGUCAGAGCUAGACGACCAGAACCAGAUGUUAGGAUCUUAUAAAAGUCCUAGUGUUAGGAGUGGAUGCUCUUUCCCUUCAGUACCCGAGUAUAAUUCCCUGGCAGAAGCUCAAGGAUAUAUAUAUUUAUUAGCCAAAGAUCAGCAUGGCUGUAGAUUUCUGCAAAGGGUGUUUGAUGAGGGUACACCACGAGAUGUUCAAGUAAUAUUUUCCGAGAUCAUUGAACAUGUAGUGGAACUCAUGAUGAAUCCUUUUGGAAAUUACCUCAUGCAGAAGUUGUUCGAUGUGUGUGAUGAAGAACAGAGGAUGCAGAUCCUACUCAUGAUUACUAAAGAGCCAGGGCAGCUUGUCAGAAUCUCUUUGAACACUCAUGGUACUCGUGUGAUACAGAAGCUCAUUGAAACUCUUAAGACUAGGCAACAAAUUUCGCUAGCUAUAUCAGUCCUUGAGCCAGGAUUCUUGUCUCUCAUCAAAGAUCUAAAUGGAAAUCAUGUGAUCCAGCGUUGUUUGCAGUGCUUAAGCAAUGAAGAUAACAAGUUUAUAUUUGUUGCUGCUGCGAAAUACUGUGUUGAAAUUGCAACUCAUCAGCAUGGAUGUUGUGUUCUACAAAGAUGCAUUAGUCAUUCCAGGGGCAAGCAUCGCGAACAACUGGUUGCUGAAAUAUCUGCUAAUGCUCUUCUUCUAGCUCAAGAUCAAUAUGGAAAUUAUGUUGUUCAAUAUAUCUUGGAGUUGAGGAUCCCAUCUGCCACUGCAAGUAUAGUUUCACAAUUCGAAGGUAACUAUGUUCACCUGUCAACACAGAAGUUCAGUAGCCAUGUGGUUGAAAAAUGCCUCGCUGUAUUCAAUGAUGAGCAUCGUGCACGAACCAUCCAUGAGCUGCUCUCAACUCCUCACUUUGAGCAGUUGCUUCAAGAUCCUCAUGCGAAUUAUGUUAUUCAAUCAGCUCUUCGCCAUUCUGAGGGCUUUGUGCAUAACGUACUGGUCGAUGCAAUUGAGUCACACAAAGCAAUUUCGCGAAACAGCCCAUAUUCAAAGAAGAUUUUCUCACAGAAGCUUCUGAAGAAAUGAUGUAUAUUGUCACCACCCGUGAGAAGUUUUGUUGUUGUUCUAACAUUACUCCAAUUCUAUGCAUUGCAUGGUUAUUUAACUGUAAGUUGGGAUAUUGAUAACCAUUCAAGCUGUUAGUCUUCUUCCAGAAGUGUUUAUGCAUUUUGCUCAGGUAGUUUAGGUAAAAGGAAGGGGUGGGGGAAGGGGGGGGGGAAUAAGGCAAUUGUGCCUUCUAAUCUUCUUGAAUUUUGCCUGUAUUAUCUAUCUGUAUCUCCAACUCUUUGGAAAUUAUCCU